AUGAAGAAGCUCUGUUGUAUCGUCCUUGGAAAGAAGGCGGCAGACUCAGAGGCAGAGACGACGGCCAGCAGCGCUCCAGAGCAGCAGUCCAUCGCACUCAUCCAGCUGCCGCAGCCUGCCAAGCUUUCUGGUGGAAACUACGAUCUUGAACACUGGCUUACUAGAAACAACACCAACAGUUCGUUCGCGUCUUCUCGAUCCAACGCGCGAACCCCUGAUUCUUUCUUUCUUCCUGAUCCUGUUGGCGUCGAAUACGUAUCGGACCCGGAGGACGAGAUCCAGGCACCAAAGCCAAGCGGCGGAGCCCUCGGUACGGCGCGAAAAAGACUCUCAAGACGUUUGUCUCAAGGCGACAACAAGCGCGCGUCUACCGGCGAGCCGAAGCCAGUGCCCACCAUCACUCCUGAAGAGAAGAGAAAGCGCGAGCAGGAUGCCUAUCGUGCGGAGGUCAGACGUAACUCUCGCGCGCGCCUUCAGGCCGAGGUUAGGAGCGAGAACAAUAGUUCUCGGUCUGUGUCCACGCGGGGAAGUAACAGAUUCCGUGAGUUGGAGACAGUUGUGGAGGAUCCCAACGAUCGGUGUGAUAGCCUCCGCAGCGGACCACGAGAUAACAUUGAGUUCUCUGUCGUGACUGGCAAUUCCGUUGCUGGUAUCGACUAUCAUUUGCCUUUGUCACGACCCAAGGCUGCAAGAUUGCCCCCUGCGACCAUUAAGUACGAUCCUACCGACUAUGACAAUGAAUAUCGUCGACGAAGGGGAUACCCCAGAUCUGAGACUUCCCCCAAGGUGAUGGCCUCUCAGAUUGUUCUGCGCGAACGAGGAUCUUUACCCCUUAUGCCGCCGCCACCGGUUCUUCUUGCACAGCGAUCCUCUGAUGACCAAGACGAUGAUUCUUUCAAAACAUGGCGCCUUUCGCAGUGUAUUGAUCACGGCAGUAGCCAGAACUCUUUCUCCACAUACUCGGAGAAGGCUUCUAUUGGACCUGCGCAAGUCACUAAUGUCGUUGAUACCAAGAAUGUAUCAAAAGAAGGGAUCCCGCUGGGCAUUAUUGUCAACAAACAAGUCACUCAAGGCAAUUUGCAGCCUUCCGAAAAUCUCGAAAUCGAUAGGGCAUCCAACAACCAUCGAGCUUCGGAGUCUUCGCAAUCUCAAGAGGGCAACGAUUGGGGAGUUUGGCUGCUCGCUCAGGAGCUUGCUUCUCAGGACAAUAAUUUUGCCACCAAUGAAGACCAUACAGAAACCGAGCCUGUGUCUCGUCUGGCUAACUAUGAUGAUGCGCCUAAUGAUAUGGUCCUCAGGUCUCCAAGCCACACCACCCUCCCCAGGCUGGGAACUUCUGGGGAUCUGACUAUCAAAUCUCCAGCCAGCCCACGAUUCUCUCAUAUGGAUCUCCAGAGCACCUUGGCAUUGAAUUUGGAGAUGGAGGAUAAGAUGGAUCGUGUGAUUUGCGAGAUAGAGGUAGAGGAUCUUCGCAACCAACAGCAAGCCGCAGAGUCCUCUUCGCAUGGAACUGCCACAGGAAACCAGGAAGCAUCCGGACUAAAGGCCUUAGACGCUAAGGCCAUAGGGCAAGAUGACUCGUAUCAAUUGCACAUCACUUGUGAGCAUGACGAGGAAACAAUCAACCCAGCAAUGAAGACCAUCGUAACACCAGAGGCAGCUUUGACCCCUGGACAGCCUCAAUACCCUUCAUCUGGCGUAAAUGCACAUUAUAUCCUUGAAACAUUCAAGGAUCUCGAUUUGCCUCCGUUCAAUUCAUUUGACCACUUCCGACAAGAGCGCUCAGAUGAGAGCUAUCGUACUACUCUCAGCCUAGUACCCUCUUCCGAAGUGGUUGUAACUCCUGUCGGACAUAUAGUCGAUAAGACUUUGUCAGCCAACAUCUCUAGCAUCAAAAGCAAAGAUGCUCGCAAAAGUGGAACUGCGUUGAUGGGCCAAGGCAUUAGAAAGUCCAAAAGCUCCUUGUCGCUGACACCUCCUAAGUCUCAGCAGAAGCUUGGAAUUCUUGGGGUUGAGAUCAGUGACGACCCCCCCAACCGGAAAUCUUCGUUCAUUCAGGCCUUACUACAGCGCACAGCAUCCGGCUCAAAGGGUCAUAGAAAGUCGCAGAGCCAGCCAUCUGCCAUGCUCGCACCUUUCAAUACUUCUUCCGAAUCACUGAGAGCCUCGAAACCCCUUGGUCAUGUCAAGAAACUGUCGAACCUCAGCACUACACCUCGUGUGCAGGCUCCCUCGGCUACCGAGGACUUCACUGCCCCUAAACUUACCGAAAGUGUUACAGCUGUCUGGAAGCGAGCCAUUCAACAGGAGAAAGAGCAGCGCAACAAGUCUACUGCUUCCGGCUCCUCGUUUCGGCUUAGCAAAGGGAGUAUAUCUGAGCAUACGCUUCCCAGAGCUGAGCCGAUCUCGACUGAUAACCACAAUUGUAACAUUCCAGGUUCCACUGUACCACCAAAUUCGAGUGCCCUAGUUACAUCGGAUACUAAAUCGGCGCCCCAGAAACUUGCUACGCCCCCCGCAUCUUGGGCCAAAUGGGCUUCACACACUCGAGCCGAGCGAACAGCGGCCGCCGGACCGGCUGAUAAUGUUAUUCCAAAGGAUUUCGCUGCUAGUGCCACUGUGAGCGAAAAGCAGACAUGGGUCACCGACAAGACCUCAGUGGAGCAAGAAAUGGAGACCCAGCAAACCCCCCAAUCUCUAUCAAAGAGAUUGGGCAAAGCGGUGAAAGCUGGCUUGAACAAGAUGGCCCAGUCCAAGCCGAAAAGCAAGCAACCCGAUCAACUAGAAUACCCAGAACUUGAGAUUCUGCCGACCAAGGAAGGAUACAAAGACCUCAAAGCACUCGAGAAGAGCAUCGAGGCUAUGAAGGUCAGCCAACGUGCGAAGAUGGCAACCAAUCCAGCCCUUGCUAUUGCUGAGAUGGAGAAGGAAUCGAAGAAUUCGCUGGGAAAGGCACUGGCUGUGCAGAUUCAAGAGGCUGAGCAUGCCAAACGCGACCAAGCCACUAAGACUGAUCACAUUACCGACUGUGACAAGGGCGCUGCCGAGUCCGGAAAUGGUGGUUUGUCUAACCGUCCAGUUACACCAGCUAACCGGGCCAUUUCCCAGAUUGGUGAUACUACUGCGACAACUGAGAACUGGGCUACUCCUGUUAGCCGUUUAUCUAACAGCCCUUGCGACCGGGCCACGGAGAAUCAUAACUCGGAGAUGGUCGAGAACAGUUUUGUCAGCGCGUCAGAGUCCGCCAAGAAGACGGUCCUGAGAGCAUGA